AUGUUUAGGGGUGGAGGGGGUGGGGGGUGGGUAGGUUGUUGGGAGGGUGGAUGGGGGGGAGGGAUUUGUGUUGGGGGGGAUGGAUGGUGUGGGGGUUGGUGGGGGAGGGUGAGAAUGGUUUGGGUUUUGGUUGAGGGUGGUUGGUUGGGGGGGGGAGAGGAGUUGUGGAUGGGUGGAGGGGGGGGGGGGUGGGGGGGGGGGUGGGGGGUGAGGGUUGGGGGGGGGGUGGGGAUUUGUUUUUGGUGGGGGGGGGGGUUUGGAGGAGAUGAGUGUUUGAUUUUUUUGGGGGGGGGGGGGGUGUGGUGGGGGGGUUGGUUGUUUGGGUGGGGGGGGGGGGGAUAUGUAUGGGUAUGUGUGUGGGGGGGUUGGGGUGGGUAA